AGAGUUGAUGUCAUUAGAUAACCGUCAUCACUCAUCAAUAUGGUUGCCAAGGUCUUGGUUGUUAUUGCAUUUGCUUUUUUAGCAUCUGCUGUCUCUAUGACGCCGGUUGAUGAGCAAAAACCUUUUGAUUGUCCCCCGAAUGAAAGAUACUACAAAUGCGCGCUGGAAGUCUGUUACAAGACGUGUGACCACCUCGUCAAUAGGCCUCCGUGCGCAUCCAUCGCUGCCGGUUGCUAUCAACCAGCUUGCGAAUGUAUUGAAGAUUAUCUAAGGAACCAGGAUGGUACUUGCGUACCUGUUGAUGAGUGCCCUAAACAUUAAAGAAAAGAACAGGUGAAGAAUUUGGUGUAAUUUUUAUAUUACUUAAGGUAGGUAGGUGGUGUAGGUAUAUUGGUUAGUUAGAAUAAAACCAUUGUUACUAAAUAAAUGUUUGAUUUCAUAA